AUGAAAAUAGGGAUUGAAAGUACUUCAGAACAUGAUUUGGACAUUUGUGGCCUUUCACUAUCCUAUUCAUAAACCAAGUUGCCAAAUUAAAGUAAUAAUUCUAAAGAGAAGACCCAAAAAAACGAGACUGUAUUUUUUCUAUAAACCUUAGACUGAUAAAAAAAUAUAAACAAUGAAAGACAGAGACGAUCUACAAGGUUCUGUAUCGUUGAAUGAUUUAAAUAUCCUGGGACUUAAGGAUUAUUACAUGGGAUCUAAUGAGAAUCGUUUGGAGGCAAAGUAAAAACUAAAUUAAGACAAUAAUGAAAGUCCAGGGAUGGAUUUUCAAUAAAACGAAUAGUUAAACACUAAAUUAGAUCAACUGGGUUUUAAGUUAAAUGAAGUGAUUGGCCACUAUCUCAAUGAGCUUACUAAUCAACCAAGAUUAUCCUUUGAUUCGUUCCCCUUGUAAAAUAGUGAAAUUUUAGAUGAAGAACAACAACAAUAGAUUAUAGAUUAUGAAUUGCAGGCAAUGAGAUAACGCAUAUAUAAAGUAAGACAUUAUGAAUAUUUUCCAUAGCAAAUUUUAGAUAAAAUAAAUCUUUCUGUUAUCCAAUCUGUGAGUUCUUUUGGUUCAUCUUGUUAACUAACUUCAUAAUCUAAUAUUAUUUAAGCACCCUUUUCUAAAGAACUGAUCAAUAGCACAACUCAUAUCUCAUAAAUAUCAUCAAUGUCACCGCAAAAGUCCUUAUCACAUUCCAUUUUUGAUUAACAGUAGCAAAUUCAUCAAAGCAUUAAUUGUGUACAACCAAAAACAAACAAAAAAAUUGAAGAUUCACCCUUUCAGAUGACUGAAAAAGAAAAAACUAAGGAGGAAUUGCAAAACAAACUAAAAAUUUCUUUAAGUUUAAAUUAAAAAUAACAAUAAGUCAAUAAUUAACUCAAAGAGGAACUUUCAAAAUUAGAGGUAUUUAUAUAAAACCUAUAUAUUAGAAAAGGAAUUCAAUUUCAGAUAAUAAUAAUGAAGACAGAGAUCAUAAUAAUUUAUUAAUAGAAAAUCAAAGAUUGAAAGAAGAAAAUCUAAAAUUAAUCGAGUUCAUUUAAAACAAGUUAUGCGAUUAAUGUAAAACACUUCCAACGAAUUUUUGA